AAUCUUGUCAGAAUCUACUUAUGUGUAGUGUUUCAGAUUCUACACCUACGUCAGCUGUUGAAAACAAAAAACUAGAGGAACCUCAACUAGAAACAAACACAUUAGAGACUGCUAUGAUUCAACAAGUUAUGGAACCGUCCUCUGACCUGCUCUCAAGCGAAACAUCUAAAUUACCUUCAAGGACUAAAGAAACCCCAAAACAAAAAAGUUCUCCAAGGAAUCAGGGCAGGCUACCUGUGCCUUCUGAUCAGUCUGCUGAUCAGACUGAAAGUACAGUAUCAAAACGCCAAUUGAGAUCAGAUACUCAAAAUUCAGCUUCUAUUUCAAGUAUUAUCACCUCCAUUUCCUCCCCGAAGCCUUCAACUCUUAUUCUUCCACCUGCAGAACAGCUACCUUCCCUCCGCAUCCCCCCUUUUCCAUUACCUCUUACCAUAUCCUCUCUUAACAAGCAUUCUGACCCCUCAGUUUCUGAAUGCUCCCAACAGCAUAAGGUCUCUGAGACUAUGCGACCAAACACUAAAAAUACACAGCCAAUUAAGGAAAUUUCCGAAGACACCCAAAAGAAUAAACUUGUGAGUGAAUCUGAGACUAAACAAACUUUAAGAUCAGGUAAAGUUGUUUCAGAUAACAGUAAAAAUGAGAAACACCUUAGUACUGAGGAAUUAAAUUCUUCAGAAAAGCCAUCCCCCGUAAAGACUGAAAAUCAGACAGAGUUUGUGCCAACAAGUAACAAACGCGGGCUUCGAAAGAACUCGGAUGUAGGUGAGUCUGAUUUAAUCCAAAAGCAGAACGUAAUUCUUGUAGAGGACAGGCUAGCAAGUGAAGAUAAGGAUGUUUCCAAGUCAGAGAGACCAAGGAGAAUGCCACUAAGAAGUAACACUGAAAUGUCUGACGAGGCUGUUUCUCAGUCACCACCACCAGAUAACAAGAAAUUAGUCUUGAGAUCACAAAGAUCUACCCCACAUUUCACCAGUGCUGCUGACACUCCAAAGCAAAAUGAUGUAGUCUCCCCUGUUCGAAUCAUCCCAGAAAGAACAGCCAAAGCUCAGCUGAAACCCACCUCUGGGACUGUUGCGCCGUUGACCCACAGCGCCCAAACCCCUGUCAUUGCCCCAAAACAAGAACCCCCUAAACAAACUGUCAACAAAUUCUUUCAGGCUCUUACUGGUGAAGAGAACCAACACUUGAUUACAAACUUGAAUACUAAAUAUGAUAAAAUGUUAAAGGGUUGGGUACAAAUGGACAAAGAGGGUCAGCCAACAGCAAAAUACAAAAACAAAUCAGACAGACAGGCAGCUAUAUGGAAAAGUAAACGGAGGGCACGAAAACCAAAGUCUUCAGAGCAGCAGAAAUACUCGCCUGUCCAAAUGCUUUUCAUGAAAGGUUUCAGCCUCACCAGUAUCUGUCGCUGGUUCCUUGAUUCAACAGAAACCAAGUCCCUUGUUAUUGUCAAGAAGGUGAACACACGUCUUCCAUCCGAAACUCAGCUGUGCUUCCACAGCUCAUCUACUGGGUCAGGGUCCGCACAGGAUGCAUUUCCAAGCCUUCAAGCAGAACGCUUAAAGAAACAUUUGAAAAAGUUUCCCAUUGCUUCUCCUGUAAAAAGUAAUCCCAGAAGUCAGAAACUUAUUGCUAAAGCACUUGAACAAGAGACAAACACAGUCAAGAGAGCAGAACUUCCUAGCAGUACUCAAAAUUUGAGUAAAUACUCUGCUGCCAAAGCCAGUGCCCAAAAAGGUGAAUCACAAAAACCUUCUGGAAAAUCUAAGAAUCCAGCUAGUGCAAGAAUUCUGAGGAAAUACUCCAAUAUUCGAGGGAAGAUGCAAGGUCAGCAAAGCACUGUUAGAAUGAAAAGGGGUUCAAAAAUGCUAAAAAACAAGAAAUCAGUGGUUGUUACUAAGUCAUCUGCUAAAUCAAAUCUAAACCCACGUUUAAAGAUGAAAAAAUCUACUGUACCUGUUAGCAAAAAAAUCAAAGAGUCUGCUGCAAAACUGGCAAGAAGGAAGAUUUUGACUGGGAGUAAGGCAGCAAAACCUUCUCUUCCAAAAAGGGCUGUGAAGACUCAGGCCAACAGAGUUUCAAAAGACAAAAGCAAGACAAAACUACCAAAGAGAUGCUCGCAACGCCUUGGGUCUCCUAAAGUACCUGAGUAUCAGCCUGUGGACACAUCAAAGAGCAAGAUCAGCAGCAAAAAAAUUUACGAAGUAGAACGUGAAGUAAGUAAGAAAAAACCUCAAACUAAGGAAUCUGCUCACAGCACAAUUGUGGAAAGCAAAGGUAAAGAGAUUGCUGCUGAAACGCCGCAGCAGGGCGUUGACGUAAAGGCUUCAGGCUCAUCUGACCAGGUACAAACAAGGUCCCAGAGAAAAAUGGAGGCAGCGACCCCUCUGAGUGGGAGUCUUGGCAAUCAUUCAAAGAGAGCCAAAAAGACAUCACUGGUAGAAUCUCCUAAAGCUGCCACUGAACUAGAUGAACCUAAGCUAACAAGAAGUGGAGCUUUGAAGAGGAGUCAGGCAUCGUCACUGCCGCGCAGUGGAACUAAGGUUGCCACCAAGAGAGCCCAGGAACUCCAAGAGACCCCUGCAAAGCGCACCAGGACAAAAUAAAAUGGACCUUUUGGAGAGAAAUUCUUUAUCUAGAGGAAUUUUGUUAAUUUUAUUUUACUAGGACCAAAAAUAUCUAUUUUGUACUUGCCCCAAACUCUCUGGAUAAUUAUCCUCUCAGAAGGAGCAGAACUUUGAAAUUUGUUCAUGCUUUUGUAAAGCUUAAUGGUGAAAACGCAAAUAUGGUGCUGUAAUUCCUGAACUUUUUUUUUCUGUGUUCAGGAACUACAGAUAAGUCCUGAAAGAUGUCUGACAAAUGUAGUUACUUUGUGUUUCUGCACUCUAUGAAAAUGGCUGGAGAUAACAAAUGUUUGACAAACCUCCAUUUUAGAAGGUCAGAUCAUAAGCAUUAAGCUUAUAUGGAAUUCAUCCUCACUCUUGUGCUUCUAUGUCUUUUCAUUUAUGUAUAUAUUUAUAGUUUUAGAUGAUGGCAUGUUCUGCAUUAAUUUUUUUGAGCUGGAGGAAGCUUUGAAUCAAAGUUUCACGUAUGGUAAGUUGGCAGUUUGUGUCUCCAGCCAGUCUUCCAACCACAACAUUGUGAAUAUGUGACGUUGUGAACCAGGUGCCUUAUUUAUGAAAUAUAUUGUAAAUGAAUGUGUUGCUAAAUGUGAAAAGUUCUCUUCAUGGAGAUGCAGUUGACCUUACUUGCUUCAAGAAGCAAUUAGGAUGUGGUAUUGUGCGCCUCUUGCUCUGGCUGCAAGUUCUUCUGAUCGGAUUUUGGGACGUCCCUAGCAGGUUUAUUUUUAUGCCCAUUUUCCCCCAAAGCAUUAACAGAAAAUUGUUAGUAUAGCUUCGUUAGAUGUUAAGAUCUGCAUUGUUUAUUCAUAGAAAUGGUUGUGCUGUUCGUGUGUCAUAUGUUUUGUGUUGUUUUUGUUUGUGGUCAGGUGUCAUUGCUAUGUUUCUCCACACCUACCGUUCUUGUUGAUGAGUUUCAGAAAACCAUGCAAACCACCCCGCCUUUUAUUUAAACACCAAAUCUUCAGAGAGCAAUUCCCCGAGGAAAAAAAAAAAAAAUCUAAUUUGAGAUAAUUUCAACUUCUCUGAACAAAAAAAUAAUGAAUUUUAUAUUAUAUUCUGUAAUAAUAUUUGAACAGUAAUAAUUUAUAUUCACAAGCAUUUUUUAAUUUCCUUUCCUCUGAUUGCUGGGUGAGUUUUCAUAAUGUGAAGCUUGCUUUUUUCUAUAGUAAUAUUUGUAAUUGUUUUGUUAACAGCAACACAUUUUUAGGACAGUGUUAUUUGUGUUAUUUCAUUUUUACCAGGCUCUGUUUCUUUAAGGGCAUAAAUCACUUGUAGAUGCAAAACCAGUUAAACUCUGUUUUUAUUGAUAUUUAAGGUAAUUGAUUUAGAAAAUAUAUUGCAGCCCACCCAAUGUCAGACUUGAACUUGUUUAUUCUUUGCAGUUGCUAUUUAAAAAUCUGGGUUUUGUAUAUUAAAGAUAAAUACCUGCUUUAUUUGUGGUAACCCCAAGACAUCUUUAUGUUAAAAACUUUGUAUUUUGGCUGGAGUUGAUAUAAAGAUGUUUUAAAUUUUAGACUUUUUUUUGUUUCAUUUGCAUCAGUCCUUUGAAUCUUUUUUUGUCAGUCAGUAAAAGCGACCUUUCCUAUUAGAGAAAAUCCAACAUCUUCAAGUUACAAAACUGGCAACAGGGCAAUUAAAAGCCCUGUUUACUGGUUGGUGAACAGGGCUUUUAAUUGCAACUCAAACCUGGAUACCAGAGUGAAAAUGAAGACUUAGGAGAAAAUAUUGCAAACUCAUUUCAGGGACUUUUAUGUUCUUCACUGGCAUUAUUUAUGAAAUCAGUACAUGUUAAGUUAUCAAGCUAUUUACCUUUAAAUGAACUGCAUUGCAAAUUCUUGCUUUCUUUUCUUGGAUUUGAGCGGUAACUAUGAGUAGUUUCACCCUUGAUGGUCCUAUCACACCGUCCAUGAGGACCACAGGAAGUUCCCUCUGCAGAACAGUUGGCUUCUUACCUCAGUUGUGCAGCAAGAGAAUGACCAUCUUAUUUCUCAAUUCAGUUCAACACAACAAUGUUGUUAAUUUUACUCACCAAAAAAAUAAAUAAAAAAUUUAAGACAAAAAAGGGCAAUCUUUGGACGCUGUGCAAAUUGGUUCACAAGGUCUGAACACUUGGCACGCCUGCAGCCAGCAUCUCAUGGGACAUGACCCAGUGUUUCCAUCUUUGACAUUGGAUGUCUCUCAUUGUAUAUUUGGGCAGAGCCAUGUAAAGCUGGAAAAUAAGCGUUUGAUUCUAUACUGUUUUAGUAAUUUUUCUUACUUCCAAAGAAAUCAAGUGUGUUAAUCAUAUGUGGAGUAACAAUUAACAAUAAAACAUCCUGAAAAACACAUUA